AUGGGCUAUUCAGACUGGGAUAAUGAUAACCAGCCAGCAAGGGAGGGUGAUCAUGAUUGGGCUGCAGAAGCAGGAGAUUUUGAAUCCAUUCCGGUCAUUGAUGUCAGCGGCAUUAGGAGCGACAGCAUUGAGGAACGCAAAAGAGUCGCUUCAGACAUCAGAGCCGCCUGCAUUCGUGUUGGGUUCUUCUAUAUUGAGAACCAUGGGAUCCCCCAAGCUCUAAUCGAUGACGUAUUUGGACAAGCCGAACGCUUCUUCCGCCUGCCUUUCGAGAAAAGGAUGGACAUCUUUAUCGACAAUAGCCCAAACUUCAGGGGCUACACCCCUGUAGGGGGCUCCGGAAAGCCGGGACCGGAUGGCCUAGGAAACUUGAAUGAAGCCUUCGAGUGGGGUCACGACGCUAAGCUCAACGACGAUCCAGCCGACGAUUGCAAUGACCCUUUUAUGGCGGGUGGGAACGUCUGGCCAAGUGAGCCGGCGGGGUUUGAGGAAACCCUCUCUGACUAUUAUCGUGAACUGCGGAACUUCUGCCGUUUGUUGGCCAAAGCAGUUGCAAUGUCUCUGGGUCUACCUGAGGGAUACUUUGACAACUGGACCUCUCAUCCUGGCUGUUCUGCGGUCAUUGCUCACUACCCACCACAAGAUCGAGGUUCUACAGCCCGCAGGCUCGACCCGCACACCGACUCUGAAUUUUUCACCAUCCUAGCUCCAGGACCAGUUCGUGCACUCGAGGUCUUGAACAAGUCGGGUAAAUGGGUCUCCGCGCCCCCGAAGCAAGGCACCUUCAUUGUGAACGUUGGUGAUCAGCUACAGGCCGUUACCAAUGAUCUAUAUAUUUCCACACGCCACCGAGUCAUGAACUAUUCAGGUGAAGAACGAUAUGCCGUCCCGUUCUUCUUUUCGCCAAACUACGAGACUGUCAUUAAGCCAAUCCCUGAGCUAAUCACCGGCGCCCAUGUAAGCAACUACCCACCUGUUUCAGCUGGCAAGAUGUACAAAGACAACAUGACACUCCUUCACCGGAUUGCUUCAACUAUACCGCAAUUUUUGAAGUAUCGAACCAACCUCCCCGAUGUGAGUGGUUGAGGGGAUAUAACAUGUUCCAAGCUCUAAGAUGCUUGUGUUGAAAAUUAUUUUGGGUGUUUCUAGCUACCUAUUUGACCCUAUGAAUAUAAAUAAAUGUUAUUGACAUCAGUGUCCUACAAUGAUCUGAUGUGCCUGAGCGACGGUCCAAAACAUGGUAGUGGGCGAGUGUCAUGGGGCAACUAUUAUGUCUUAGGUAACUAGGGCUUCAAACGCUCAAACUUUGAGCCCACUAUGAGACUCAUGUACUGUCAGGGCUGUAAUACACAACGGGAGUGAAGAGGUCAGAUGAUAGCUGCUAGGCAGCUAGGAAGGUAGGGGUGGCAGUGGUCACUGUAUU